CCCAAACCAUUCUAUGAUCAUCAGCACCAAGACACUGCUGUCCAUUAGGAGCAGUGCAGGUCCUGCAUCUUCAUCCCACCAUUGCUCACUUGUCCCUGACAGAGGCUGUGGAUGGGUGUGAGCCUCGCUGCCUCACCACACACACUGCCUAAAAAUCACAGGUUGGGAAGAGAAACCAUGAUAGGAAGAUGUUUGGAAUAGAAGGAAGCCAAACUGAUACAAUUUACAGAAGUUUUUUAGCAUGAUCCUCCACCGAACACUGAAGAAACUGCCUUGGGAGUGACCAACAGGGACCACUCUUUGCUCGGGAGACUUCCAGCUGAGUGCAAGAGAAAGAUAAAAGUGAAAAUAGUUUCACGUUGCCAAGAUUUCUUCAUCACUCAGGGGAAAGUUUCUGAUCAGCUUCUGCUUCCCCAGCUGAGCCGUAUGCUAAGAGUAAAAGGGAAGCGUAUUCAUUGCCAGUGGCAGCAAGCGCCUGGAGUACCCCUGCACUGGGAUGUGAUGUUCAUCAUGCCACUGUCAGUCAAGCCAAAGAUCUGACCCCAGCUUGGUACCUGGAGAUUCUGCUAUGCCACUGAAUCCCCUCCUGAAAUGUGGGUUCUAAAAGACUGUGAACAGCAGCUGAUAAGUUAAAACCUUUUUUCUUUUUCUCUCUUCUCUGUACAAAUGUAAAGAACUUUUCUUCAUUGCAGUUGCCUUCUUCCACUUGAGCAAAUGGCAAACUGAAAGAGAUGGAAUCUUUCUGUCUGAAUGCUCUCGAGGAUGCAGCCGGCAAACCCAACAGGGAAGCAAGAGUGAGCCAUUAUUCAGAAAAAGCUCUCUGCUCACAUCCCUCUGUGACCGACUCUUCAUUUUAAGCACUAACUACUUCCUUCUCUUCUCUGAGAAGAAAUGUUUUCUUCCCCGUUUCUUUUAAUGGUUGAGCAAUGUGAUAGCAAAGGUAUUGAAACCCAGUCUACUGAAUAAUAACUUAAUGAUGUGAACCCUGUUCUGUUCCUUCUGAAUGGAUGGCUGCUUUAGCAGGAGAGCUGCUGGGAUCUGCUCCCUGCUGUGAGGAAUGUGAAGCUGGAGAAAUCUGGAUUGAAGCUGAACGGCAAGCAGAAUGGACAGAAUUGGAGCACCUUGGAAUAGAUACGAGUACAAGACUUCACACCAGCUAAAGCUGCCUUGGAAAGCCAUGGCUGCUGCCCCUCAGCUCAACUCGGAUGCACUCCGCGAGGUCCUGGAGUGCCCCAUUUGCAUGGAGUCCUUCACUGAGGAGCACCUGAGACCCAAGCUUUUACACUGCGGGCACACCAUCUGCAAACAGUGCUUGGAGAAGCUCCUAGCAAACAGCAUUAAUGGGAUCCGGUGCCCCUUUUGCAGCAAAAUCACACGGAUCACAAGCUUGGCUCAGCUGACUGACAAUCUUACUGUGCUGAAGAUCAUAGACACUGCCGGACUUGGGGAAGUGGUGGGACUUCUCAUGUGCAAGGUCUGUGGCAGAAGGUUGCCGAGACACUUUUGCAAGAGCUGUAGCGUGGUUUUGUGUGAGCCAUGCAAGGAGGCAUCACACAUGCCUCAAGGGCACAGAGUCAUUGCUAUCAAAGAGGCUGCUGAAGAGCGUAGGAGGGAAUUUGGGAUGAGGCUUGCCAGGCUUCGGGAGCUCAUGGGUGAUCUGCAGAAAAGAAAAGCAUCUCUGGAGGGUGUUUCGAGAGACCUGCAAUCUAGGUACAAAGCAGUACUGCAAGAUUACAGCCAAGAGGAGCGCAGGAUCCAGGAAGAACUAGCCAGGUCACGCAAGUUCUUCACCACUUCUUUGUCUGAUGUGGAGAAGGCAAAUAAUCAGGUGAUGGAGGAACAAGCCUAUCUGCUGAACUUAGCAGAAGUGCAGAUAAUGUCUCGCUGUGACUAUUUCCUUGCCAAAAUAAAGCAGGGAGAUAUAGCCCUCUUGGAGGAGGCAGCAGAAGAGGAAGAACCAGAACUGACAAACAAUUUCCCAAGGGAGCUGACUCUUCACGAGGUUGAACUCCUUAAGGUGAGCCAUGUAGGACCACUACAGAUUGGGCAGGUGGUGAAGAAACCCCGGACUGUUAACAUGGAGGAAUCACUCAUGGAAAAUGCAGCAUCCUCAUCAGCAUCAUUUAGGGAACCUGACUAUGUGCAAGAAGAACCCAGCUGCACCCCAAAUUCCUCACCAGCCAAGCCAAGGAUGCCUGAAGCAGGCACCAGCAUCCAGCAGUGUCACUUCAUCAAGAAGAUGGGCUCCAAGGGCAGCCUGCCAGGGAUGUUUAAUCUCCCCGUCAGCCUGCAUGUCACCUUGCAAGGUGAGGUGCUUGUGGCAGACCGAGGCAAUUUCCGAAUCCAGGUUUUCACCCGCAAGGGCUUUCUGAAAGAGAUCCGCCGGAGUCCUAGCGGAAUUGAUAGUUUUGUAUUGAGUUUCCUUGGAGCGGACUUGCCCAAUUUGACGCCCCUUUCUGUCACCAUGAACUGCCACGGCCUGAUAGGUGUGACAGACAGCUAUGAUAACUCUGUCAAGGUCUACACCAUGGACGGUCACUGCGUGGCAUGUCACAGGAGCCAGCUAAGCAAGCCGUGGGGCAUCACAGCCUUGCCUUCUGGUCAGUUCGUAGUGACCGACGUGGAAGGAGGGAAGCUCUGGUGUUUCACAGUGGACCGCAGCAUGGGGGUAGUGAAGUACAGUUGCUUAUGUAGCGCAGUGCGCCCAAAGUUUGUCACCUGCGAUGCUGAAGGGACCAUAUACUUUACUCAGGGGCUGGGGCUUAACCUGGAAAACCGGCAGUACGAACACCAUUUAGAAGGAGGCUUUUCAAUUGGCUCUGUCAGCCCAGAUGGGCAGCUGGGACGCCAGAUCAGCCACUUUUUCUCCGAGAAUGAAGAUUUCAGGUGCAUUGCUGGGAUGUGUGUCGAUGCCAGGGGAGACCUCAUUGUUGCUGACAGCAGCCGUAAGGAAAUUCUGCACUUUCCUAAAGGAGGUGGCUACAAUAUCUUAAUCCGGGAAGGACUCACCUGCCCGGUUGGUAUUGCCAUUACUCCCAAAGGGCAGCUGCUGGUUCUGGACUGUUGGGAUCACUGCAUUAAGAUCUACAGUUAUCAUCUGAGAAGAUAUUCCACUCCUUAAAGGCACAUCUCUAAGCAGAGCCUCUGGGCAGCAAUGAUUCUUCCAGCCUCGUAGCAAUCUGAUGGGAACCGGUGUCAAGCGUUCAGGAAGAUUGUGCCACAACCGCAGGUGGUUUGGCAUAGAGGCCAUCGUGUUUUGUGUUUAGAAACAAAAUAGCUUACGUGGUGGUGGUUUGCUUUUUCUUUUUUUUUCUUUUUAUAAAAUCCAUACAAUGAAAAAGAACAAACUCAAGGGAAAGGACUGGUCCUUCUGGAGUAUUGGUUCCUUGCUAAGUGACUGGUUGCUCCAUAAACCUUCUCACCUCCUUUUGCCAAAUCUCCAACUCUUCUAGCUUCAAUCCUCACAUCUUUCUUUGUGCCAUAAAUACUGACUAACUGCUCCAAAUCACGUUCCAUUAGAGCAUCAGAGAGGCAAUCCUUGCUGUAGUACUCGCAAGGAACUGGGUAGCAGUUGUCUGGGCAACUACUAGAGAAAGCCAUUUCUGAUCGCAGCACUGCAUAAAACGAAAUAGCCUUCUUCAACUGCACCGAAAUGGGAGGGUUUUCUCUCUCCAGUUUUCUGGUAUUUGGGAGAUGGCCCCUGUUGUGCCAUUUGUGAGCCGUGUCUGUGAAGUGAGUACUGUGCAAUCAUGGGAGACUGAGCUGAGCCAGAAAACUGCCCUCUGAUGGCAACAGGGGUUUUAUUAUUGCUAAGAGUUUGAUUGGGAGGGGGGGAAGGGAGGGAGCUGGAGGGGAAAAAAUGAGAGGACACCUACAGUGGAUAAUCACUGUUGUUCUAUUAUUAAAUGUAUCCUGGAAAUGGUCUUUGGAAGCUAUGUCUGCUCCAAAGCUUCGUGGGGGAGGAGGGAUGGGCUGGGGGAAUAAGGCUGGGACAUUAUAGUAGAUAAGUUUAAAUGCAACAUUUUCUAUAUUCACCUGUACUUCCAGACAAUUGCAUUUAGCAAAGAGGUUUCCACUCCUCUGCACUUUGUAUGUGCAAGCUAAUCACUGCUGAGUUGAGCUUGGGGAGGGUGGGACUUCUAUUUUUUUAAUACUUGGAAGCACACCCCUUGGUGCAUUGCCUUUUUUUCCCUUGCACAGCAAAACACUACAUUCCUCAGAUAUUUUUUUUCCUGGCACCAGCAGGCACCAGAGUUGAUGUUCAUCGCGGCUUUGGGCCAAAUGAAGCACAAAACUGCAGCUGUGUGAACCAAGGCCCCCACAGUGCUACUCUCCUGGCUGAUAAAUGUGUACCUCAGUGUGGUGCUGCUCGCUUAGAAUAGUUUAUUGAAGGAAAGAUGCAUUUAAAUAGGGCACAGUGGUAGCAUGUUAAUCUGCCACAGAUAAUAGUUACACUGCAGUGCAUUUAUUUGUUGCUAUCAACAACGUAUUUGCAAAUUUGGGGGCACGACAGAAUAUAAAAGCUGAUUUUAUGGUGGCUGCCAUUCUACAGCAAAUUGUUUGCUGCUUGUGGUACAACAUGUAUGCAACAGGUGACUUUUUUAAGCUCCUAUAUACUUUCCCCUAGUGAAACAGCAAAAUAAAAUGGGGUUCAGAGCCGCUGUAGCUCCAGCCAGUCGUUGGGUAGUUAAAGGGUUUGCAGAGGAAGUGCUGGGAGCAGAUUUUGGUGAGAUUUGAUUUUUUUUCCUUCUC